AUGGCGACCAAACCCGACGACAUCCUUCGGCGGCCUCUCUACGUGUACGAUCUGCCUGGCGUCGUGCUGGAAGGCCUGACUGUCAAGGCCGACACAGACAGCGCGCACAUCGUCAAUGAAGAGCCGGCCCCUACGCCGAGCGAGAACCUGGUCGGGUCGCAAGCAUGUGCCCUUUGCGGCAUGGCCUUCUCGUCUCUGCAAGAACAACGCAGCCACCUCAAGUCGGAUUUUCACAACUACAACCUGAAGCAGAGAAUGCGGAACCGUACGCCCGUCUCGGAGACCGAGUUUGAGAAAUUAAUCGAGGACCUUGACGAAUCGCUCUCCGGCUCGGACUCGGAGGAAGACGACGAUGAAGAAGAUAAAGACGAGGACGACCGUCGGCAGGACUCGACUUUGACGGCGUUGCUGAAAAAACAGGCCCGUUUGGCCGACAAGCGAGCCGCCGGCGACGGAGGAGAUGCCUCUGACGAGUCGAGCUUGGGGAGAAGAGGCCGUGGCAAGCCGCCUUUGAUUUGGUUCAGCUCGCCACUCUUGCCAGAGAACCACUACUUUGGACUGUACCGCGCCCUGUUGACGGGAGAAGAUCAGCGGCACUCUGAUCUUGUCCACGUCCUACGGAGGAAGCAAGUCGAGCCCGUUACGGUGCCCAAGCCAGCCAAAGAUGGGACGCUGGCAGCGACCGCGUACAAGGGGCCUCACGUCUUCCUAUGCAUGAUUGGCGGCGGGCACUUUGCCGCCAUGGUUGUUUCCCUGGCCCCGAGGGCCGCAAAAGGAAACACAGCCAUGAACCGCGAGGCCACCGUGCUAGCCCACAAGACCUUCCACCGAUAUACCACGCGAAGGAAGCAGGGCGGCUCGCAGUCCGCAAAUGACAACGCCAAAGGCGCGGCGCACUCGGCUGGCUCAACGUUGCGUCGGUACAACGAACAGGCACUGGUGGACGACGUGCGGGCACUCUUGCGUGACUGGAAGGCCCUGCUGGACACGUCGGAGCUACUCUUUGUCAGGGCUACAGGUGUUACAAAUCGAAGAACGCUCUUCGGGCCGUACGAGGGCCAGGUCCUACGGCACAAUGACUCACGGCUCCGAGGAUUACCAUUCAGCACGAGGCGCGCCACCCAGAAUGAACUCAUGAGAUCCUUCAUCGAGUUGACGCGGCUCAAGGUCAGGGAAGUGGUCCCGGAGAAGGAAACCAAGGAGGCACAACAACCACGGGCACCUCCCAGGUCUGCUGGUUCCAAGGCGCCGAAGCCAAAGCUGGAGGAGGAGGAGGAGACGGCUCUGUUGCACACAUCCCAACUGCAGGCCUUUAUCCGACGCUCAAAAGUCCCCGCGCUGCUAUCGUACCUCGCGAAUCACGGCCUGUCGGCCGACUUCGAGUUCAGGCCCGUGGACCAGAAUCACCACUCCCCUCGACCUCUCCACCUCGCAGCCUCCCAGAACUCGCCGCCUCUUGUGCUCGGUCUUCUGACUCGCGGGGGUGCUGAUCCGUGCGUGCAAAACGCCGAGGGGAAAACCCCGUUCGAGUUGGCGGGGGAUAGGGGGACUCGGGACGCCUUCCGAGUGGCCCGUUCGGAGCUGGGAGAGGCCAAAUGGGCCUGGGACGCGGCCAAUGUCCCCGCGGCGAUGACCAAGGCCGAAGCCGACGGCAGAGGAGAGCGGGAGAGGUCAGAAGCAGAUAAGAAGGAGGCCGAGAGGAGGAAAGCCGAAGAGGAGCGGCUACGAACCGAGGGUCCCAAGGUGGUGGAAAAGAAAGCCAAGGGCAACACGCUUGGAUCGAGUCUGGCAAAGACACCGCAGGAACGCCGGGAGGAAGAAACGAGGGGCUUGACGGCGGACAUGAGGAUGAAGCUCGAGCGGGAGAGGAGAGCGAGGGCGGUAGAAGAGCGACUACGGCGGAUGAAGAGCGGAUAG